GAAGAAGAAGAAAAGAGAGAGAUUAAUGGCGUACCCGCAGGCUUCGGUUUCGCUAAAAAUAUCUUUGCUUCUUCUUCUUCUUCCUUCUCCCUCCUACGUGUUUUCUUCUUAACCCCACCGCCCCUUUUCUCUUCUCCAUUGCCGCCACGUCGCCGCUUCUCCUUCUCCCCACAAUCCCUCCAUCCAUAUAAUCCAAACCCACAAAUCAAUUUCAUUCCCACACUUGUUCUUCAGAGAUGAAAUCAAUGGAGCUUCAUGAAGAAAACAACGAUCUACACCUCGAUUUAGCCCUUUCAAUCGGCGGAACUCUCAGAAAUUCACCGGAAAAAUCAAAUGGGUCUGAUGAAGAAAGCGGAGUUACAGAUGCUAAAAACAGAGGCGAGAUCCGGCGACGACAGGGUAAGAGGAAACGAGAAGAAGAUCGGAACAAUCCGCCAUUCAAGAAGGAAAAAUACCUUGAAGGUAAUUUGAAAAACAAUGUAGAUCUUCAUAAACCAAAUCCUGCGCUGCAAUUUCCGUCUCCUUACUCGUCGUUGCAGUACGUUCCGUUUCUCAAUGGCUAUGGGUAUGUGUUUCCCUGUUUUGUACCGUACUUUGCCACCGGAGAGUCGCCGGUGGGUUGCCGGAGUGGUUCGGAUGUUGGGUUUUGGAAUAAGAAAUCUGGGUCUUGUGGAUCUUCCCCUGUUUGCAGUUCUUCUGUUGUUUCUGAUAAUCAUCAUAGUUCUUCCUCUCAUGAAGGAGGUAGUAGCAAUUCAUGUAAUUCAUCAAUAUCAAAGAAUCAUGUUAAACCAAAUCCUUCCAGUGAGAAAUUUGUUGAAGAAUAAUCCAAAUUCAAGAAUUUUGUUCAUCAUCUUCAUCAGUGGAGAAUGGGAAACCUCCAAAGCCUCAAAUUCAAAGCCAAAAUGUGGCAAGUUUUGAUCAAAUGCCUUGUGUUUCAACCACAGGGUUUGGUCCUAAUGGUACUAAAAUCAUAACUACUGGCUUCUUGUAUAGAUACUCAAACUUGGAGGUUAGUAUUUAGUGUAUCUGCCAUGGACAAUCCUUUUCGCCGGCCGAGUUCGUUAAGCACGGCAGCGGCGGAGAAGUUUCUCACCCUUUGAAGCACAUUACUGUUCUUCCACCUAAUGGAAUUUUACCUUCUUCAAUCAGAUGAAACCUCAUAGAUUUGAUCUAGAUCUUUACAGCUUAACAUUAUUCUUAGAGUUUCGAAUUGCGUCACAAUGUGGCUAGCGAUUUUGUUCUGAUAGAGGUGUGUAAAUUCUUUUAAUCGAUUAUUAAGAGACGAUCACGUUUGCCACCAUAACAUUGUAAAGGAUUGCUAACAAAUAUAGCAACCAUGUCACUAGCUUUAUUUACUAUAGAAUGGCUUAAAAUGGAGAAGAAAAUAUGACAUGGUGGUAAGUUGAAGAUGAA